GCCAAUCACAUGCGCCGCGGCCGUGCCGCGUUUCCUGGAGGAGCUUGGCGUCAUGUGUGCGAGAAUUUAUGAGAACACGAGCGGCGACUUUAGACCCGGCGACCAAAUGAACUCAGCCAGGUUUGUGGCCGCGGUGCGGAGAAGAUGCCCUCAGGCCGUCACACGACACCCGCUGCUGCCGCCGCCGGGGUCCUCCUCCAUGGUGCAGCGCUGGCCCCUGUCCACAGGGCCUGUGCCCGCAGCCCGUCUGCCCUGCCGGGUGAAGUUGUCUGCUGGGAAACGCUACGCCUGGUGCGCCUGUGGACACAGCAAGAAACAGCCUUUCUGCGAUGGAGCUCACAGGACGGCAGCACCCAGCUUCUCCCCUCUACGCUUCACCCCUGAUAAAGACCGGACGGUCAUGCUGUGUGCCUGCAAGCAAACGAAAAACGCACCGUACUGUGACGGCUCACACUUCAAGGUCAUCUUACAGGAUUUAGUGAAGCGCAUGAAAGGUGUCUUCAAAUGAACAACACUCAACCCAUCUGUUCUGGUGAAAGAAGAUAACCGGAAGAAAUCUGAUCUUUGUCUUGUCUCAAUGGGAUCAUGUUAUUCAUUAAGGUCUCCAGGUAAAAGUCAUUAUUGUUGAUGUUAUAUAUAUUGUUGGGAAAAUGUGACUGUGAACAGACAUCUCCCACUGAUUAAUCAUCUUCUUCUUGUCUGAACACAUUACAUUGUUUAUGUUAGUGUUUGUCAGUUACAAAGCUAUUGGUGCUGAAGCUGGAACAGGAACACUGAGGUCAUCAGUCCAAGUUGCCUCCUCACAGCAUCUUUUUUUAGCCUCCUUUUUUCCUGACACUUCAUAUUUAUGUUAAUCAGGUAUUGAAGUGUAGUUUCUUGAAUUAAUUUUUUUAAUUUUUUAUAUAUUUUCACUGUAUUUCCAUAAUGUCAGGUGUGAAAUUGACAGUAGGCGCAACAGAAAGAUCUCAGACGUCAUUCUGUUUACAGGCUGUGGGUAUGAAGGGAUUACUCUCAUAUGAAUUAUAUAAAUGAAAUGUACCUUUUGGAUUUUUGUGUCUGGUUUCUGUGUGGUCAAAAAUCAGCUGCACCCAUAUCACUGAGGGAAAUAUGUUGACUUAGGGUAACAGCGAUAACCGCCGCAUAAUCUGCUUUUUCCAGUUUUGUGGUUGCAGGGGAAGAAAACUUCCCACUAAAUAUACUGCGGGCAUUACAUGAAUUAUCUUAUGUAAGUAUUAGCACUGAAUAGUGGGUCCAUAACAUCUGUGUCUUCAGUAUGUGCUACAACCCUGGUAGGAUAGAUAGAUCAAUAGGAAAUUCCAGAAAUCUAUCUUUCUAAUACUUAAUACUCCUGUAGACUAACUUAUAUUACUUAUUUUUCAUUGUGAUUUUGGCACAGCCUGCCUGAGGAGAUAAGGCUGGCAGAGUCUGUGCCUUCUUUUAAGUCACUUUUAAAAACCCAUUUCUAUAGCCUUGCUUUUAUGUGAUGUCGUCUUUUUAUAUUGUCUUUCUAUAUCUUUUUUUUAUUGACCGUAUAAUUGUUGGAAUGCAGAUUUUAAUUGUCUGUGAUUUAUAUGUUUUUGUGAAAGGACUUUGUGAAGUUACUUCUAAAAGGUGCUAUAUAAAUAAAAUUAUUAUUAUUAUCAUUA